UGGUGCGCUGUGUCCCUCGGACACAGCGGAUCACUGAUCCACGGAAAGAGCCGAAGAUGUCAGCUCGGUCAUGUGAUCAGCUGUGUCCAAUCACAGCUGAUCGCAGCUCGAUAGGAGAGCAAAGCAGAGCCAGUAAUCGGCAUUCCUCAGAGGGGACAUGUACACUGAUCAUCAGAGCACUGAUGAUCAGUGUGCCCUGAUGAUCAGUGUAGCCCCAGCAGUGCCACCUGUCAGUGUCUAUCAUUGCCAGCUGUAAGUGUUCAUCCAUGCCACCUGCCAGUGCCCAUCAGUGCCACAUCAAUGGCACAUUUCAGUGCCUACCAGUGCACAUCAAUGCCACAUAUCAGUGCCCAUCUGAGUUGCCUUUCAGUGUCACCCAUCAGUGCCAAUCAGUGCCACAUAUCGAUGCCAAUCAGUGCCACCUAUCAGUGCUGCCAAUCAGUGCCACCUAUCAGUGC